GUUGUCAUCACGUGACAGUGAGGUUGCUCGAUCCUUCUGGAAGGUGACACAGUUUGAUUGCGUGUUUUGUCAGCGUAUAUAAAAUCCCGGAGGCUGAGUAUGAAUCAUAACUCUGGUUCAGAAAGCUUCUGGGAUCAAACACGCUGGACACAGUUCUAUUUUCAAGAUGCUGGUGAGCGGUUUUCCGUCGUGCUAUACCAUUCCUAUUGACUGGUUUUUUGACAAGAGUGUUUACAACAACAACGCAUGUGAUUGUGAAACUUGUGAUGAAGAUCGUGCAAUUAACGUGGACUGUGACACGUUUUACCUGAAUGUGAACAACAACAGCAGCCUGUCAAGGAAACGGAGAGGUAGACAGACGACUUUCCAUCGAGUGUGUGCUCACCCAUGCCUGCGCUUGAAUCUGUCCGCAGUAGAACGGGAGGAAAGCUUCGCAACUGUGUUGUCACCCGCUGGCGUGUGGCGCUUUCGUGGUGGAGCGACCACCUCGUCUUCGUAUAGUGGACAGUCGGACUCUGGGAACGGGAGAAUGGGAACUGGGGCUUCGAGUUCUAAGUCGCCGUCAGUCGUAAGGUCGUCAGCGAGAGAAAAUGACGAAGCACCUCCGCGACCUCAGAUGCCAGUUAGGGGAGAGCAAAUGGUCACUUCUCCACUUGUGGGAGGCGCAAAGCAGACAGUAAACAAUAAGGCAUCUUCAACUGCUUGGAAAAAGAAGGGUCAUUCAGGUAAAGAUACAGUGAUAGCCUCACACUCUAGUAAGGACAAGCCAGAUGUCAGUACUUCUACAUGCACGUGUACUCCACCAUCUCACAGAAGAAAACCAACUAGUCCCCCAUCGUAUGAAGCUUAUGGUUCUCUAACAGCAAUCUUUAAGGAAGAAGGCAGACAGCUGGACUAUGUGCAAGGGGACGGAAACUGUUUUUUUCGUGCUCUGAGUAAAGAAAUCUACGGGUCAGAGGACUGUCACUACGAACUACGUCAGACAAUAGUUGACCUUAUGGCAGGACACAGGGCGGAGUUUGAACAGUUUACAGACACAUGCACUCAGUCAUUUGCUGAUCAUGUGGAGGAGAUGCGUCAGUUUGCAGUGUGGGCAACAACUGCAGAAAUAUAUGCAGCAUCCACGCUUCUUCAACGGGACAUUUAUGUUUUCUCUCCAGAUCAUACUGGCAAUCAGUACAGCUGGCUUCAUUUCUCUCCUUGUUUUCCUCAUUCCAACAACAUCACCACAUCUUGUCCACAGUGUUACAUCACAGUGUGUCACACAAAUGGUAAUCACUAUGACACAGUGACUCCCCUGAAUGGCUCCUGUAACUGUUCAUUACCUCCCCCUGAGCUGUCAGGAGACACACAGACUGUGGGCGUGACGAAGGAGAGCAGCUCUGCAUCGCUAUAUGCCCUUAGCGAGUCUGAUGAUAGGUUAGAUAGGACAAAGAGACCAGGGGAGUAAAACUGGCUUCAAAGUUUCAAUUCUUUGCACUGUAUUGUGAUCUCUUUUUUUUAUUUUUUUAACUGGUUGGCAUCCAUUAGUUAUUUUCAUGUACACAUGGCGCGUAUGUUGGGCUGAACUAAUUUGCACAAAUUGAUCUGGUAAGUUGAUGUUAAAUGAUGCCAAUGGCCAAUGUAGACAAUUGUACACAGUUUUAAGAUAUAAUCGUUACUUUAUAUACAUAUAACGGUGGCUUUUAGUGUCUUUUUGAUGUAGACUGCAUGCACAACCGUGUUUUGUAGACAUGCCUUGUGUUAUUUAUGCAAAUUUGAAAUUGUGCUCAUAUAAUAUGACAAGUUUACCGGUUCUGAUAUUAUACUUACAUGUUUAGAUUAAUAUUGGUUAUUAAGCUGUCCUUUUUGAUGUGUGAUGAAGAGUCAGUCUGUAAAUGCUAAUGUGAAUUAGUGAAUGCUAAUAUUUUUUUUUCGGGACAAACUGUAUAAUGUAUGCAGGGUAUAUGUAUUUUUUUGUUGUUGUUGUAAAUAUGAACAUCGUAUUGUAGAUUAAUUAAGAACUUCUCUUGCAAAUCCACGUCUAUGCGUUGAUCCCAGUGCUGUGAUAUAUGGAAGGUCUUUACAUACCUGAAAGUAUUUUACAAAUGUCUAUAUUUGUUAUAAAUAUAAAUGCUUAUUUUGUACCAACAUAUUUUUAAAAUCUUGAAAUAUAAGCUACAGUAUUUUAAACACUAAUGCUUGAAUUUUGACUGCCUUCUUCAAAAUGACGCCCAGCUCAUUGAUAUUGUACAUGUAUCACUGUUCUCAUACAGUGAUGUUUUCAGGUUGCAUUACUUUUUCAUGACAUAAUUCAAUUAAAGCAAAACACAUAAACUACCAAUUGCUUUUACUCAAAAGGUAAAAUUUUCAUAUUGUCAUAUUUCCAGUUGAUAAGUCUUGAUGAAUUCAUGUAAU